GUGCAGGGGCUUUUACCAAGUAUGGAUUGUGUGCUCUCUGGCUCCUGACAUGGGGUCGUGAAUCAAGGCCCAGUGGAAGAGCAGGAAAGGCAGGGCCCCUCCCGUCCACCCGAGAGCAGAAGGAACCGGCCUUUGGAAGGCGUUGUCUACUGGAGCGGUGUCAGCUUCAAAGCUCCAGCCCUUCUCUGAGAGGAAGACCAAGUGAUGGCACCCAUGCUUCUGACAGCCUGGCCCCAGGGCCUGAGCCAUGGAAUUGGCCCUAGGGCAGCAGGAACCUGUUGUUUCAGAAGUCGGUGACCUUUGAGGACGUGGCUGUGUACUUCACCCCAUCGGAGUGGGAUGCCCUGUCCCCUGCACAGAGGGCCCUUUACAGGGAUGUGAUGCUGGAGAAUUAUGGAAAUGUGGCCUCCCUGGGAUUUCCACUUCUCAAACCUGCUGUGAUCUCUCAACUGGAGGGAGAAGGUGAGCUGGGGGGCCCAUGUCUACUGGCUGCUGGAAUAGUCACAGACCCUCCAGGCCUCUGGACUGAUAUUGAUAUCCAGGCUGAAAAUAAUGUGACAAAGGAAAUGUAUGAAGAAAAACAUAGUAUAUCAUUUGUACUGCAGGGGGACUUUUCCCAGGAAACAGACUUCUCAGAAGCUUGUAUCCUAGAAAAACAACAGCAGGAAGUCCACCUAGUAGGAAGUAUGAAGAAAAAAAACAGUGUCGUUGAUGGAACAGUGAAAGAUGAUACAAGCCCCAUGGAAGAGUGUUUCUUUAAUCAGAGUCCAAACUUGAAUCAGUGUAAUGCCAUCAUCUCCACAGGAGAGGAGCCCCCUGAGUGUAUGGGAUUGGAGAAACCCUUGAGCUCUGACACAAAACGUAUUCAUCAUGAAAUAAGUAAUUCCAGGGAAAGACCUUUUGAAUGUGAAGAAUUAAUGGGAACCUUUAAGUAUAACUCUCAACUUAAUCAUCAUCAAGAUAGCUAUACUGGUGAAAAGCCCUAUCAGUGUAAGGACUGUGGUAAAGCCUUUAGUGUUAAUGCAAAAUUAAUUUGGCAUAAAAAACUUCAUAGUGGGGAGAAACCCUUCAAAUGUGUGGAGUGUGGGAAAAGCUUCAGUUAUAGUUCCCAUUACAUCACACAUCAAACAGUCCACAGUGGGGAGAAGCCCUAUCAGUGUAAGGUAUGUGGGAAAGCCUUCAGUGUUAAUGGGAGUCUAAGCAGGCAUCAGAGAAUCCAUACAGGAGAGAAGCCCUAUCAGUGCAAGGAGUGUGGAAAUGGCUUUAGCUGCAGUUCUGCAUAUAUCACACAUCAGAGAGUCCACACUGGGGAGAAACCUUAUGAGUGUAAUGACUGUGGGAAAGCUUUCAAUGUUAAUGCAAAAUUAAUUCAACAUCAGAGAAUCCACACUGGAGAGAAACCUUAUGAAUGUAAUGAAUGUGGGAAAGGCUUCAGGUGCAGCUCCCAGCUUAGGCAACAUCAGAACAUCCACACUGGAGAGAAGCCCUGUCAGUGUAAAGAGUGUGGAAAAGCAUUCAGUAAUAAUACAAAACUCAUUCAGCAUCAGAGAAUCCACACAGGUGAGAAGCCCUAUGAGUGUACUGAAUGUGGAAAAGCCUUUAGUGUCAAAGGAAAGUUAAUCCAGCACCAGAGAAUCCACACUGGUGAGAAGCCCUAUGAAUGUAAUGAAUGUGGAAAAGCCUUUAGGUGUAACUCCCAGCUUAGACAGCAUCUGCGAAUCCACACUGGAGAGAAGCCCUAUGAGUGUAAUGAGUGUGGAAAGGCCUUCAACGUCAAUGCAAAAUUAAUGCAGCAUCAGAGGAUUCACACUGGGGAGAAACCCUUUGAAUGUAAUGAGUGUGGGAAAUGCUUUACUUCUAAAAGAAACCUACUUGAUCAUCACCGAAUACAUACUGGAGAAAAACCUUAUCAGUGUAAGGAAUGUGGGAAAGCCUUCAGUAUCAAUGCCAAACUAACUAGGCAUCAGAGAAUACACACGGGGGAGAAACCUUUCAAAUGUAUGGAAUGUGAGAAAGCAUUUAGCUGUAGUUCUGAUUAUAUUGUACAUCAGAGAAUCCAUACUGGAGAAAAACCCUUUCAAUGUAAGGAGUGUGGAAAAGCCUUCCAUGUUAAUGCCCAUUUAGUUAGGCACCAGAGAAGCCACACUGGGGAGAAACCCUUCAGAUGUGUGGAGUGUGGCAAAGGCUUCAGCUACAGCUCUGACUGUAUUAUACAUCAGACUGUCCACACUUGGAAGAAACCUUAUGUGUGUAAUGUGUGUGGGAAAGCCUUCAGGUUUAGCUUUCAACUUAGUCAGCAUCAGAGUGUCCACAGGGAAGAAAAAUCCUAAUGAGAAGGAUAGAAAACUGAACUGAAUCAAGUAUCAUCAGAUUUACCUUGUGGAAAACCCUGAGAGAGAGAAAUGAAUAUGGCAGUCUUCACGUGGAAACAAAUCUUUUUCAUUUUAUAACAUUUUAAAUCAGGAAUGAUGACCAGUUAAAAAGUAACAUUCAAGGAGUGUUAGUUUGUUUUAUACCAGCAACCAAUUAGAAUAUAUAAUGGAAGAAAAUAUCUCAUUCCCAACACCAGCAAGAAAAGUAGAUUUUCUAGGAAUAAACUUAAUUAUUAUGCAGGACCUAUAUGGAGCUCCACUGAGGGCUACAAAAGGAAACAUAAAUGGAGAGAAAGAGAAACUUUGUUCUUGGAUAGGAAAACGCAAAGAUACUGUACCUAAAUUAAUUUAUUUCCCUUUCAUUUUUGACAAUAAGCAUGUAUCACUUUUGUAAAGAAAAAUAAAAAUAAAGAUUU